CUACCGAGCAGGCAAGCAUCCUUCACUAACUUGACACCCUUCUGGAACACAGACAUAGUUUGUCAUAAAAAUGAUGAUGACAUUUAAACCGGCAAAUAGAGCUUCCCUCCUGGUGUUUUUAGUAAUCUGCACAAAGCAAUGGCAUUCCAAUGGGAUUCAAGUGGAUCCUCCUAAAGAGAUUAAAAUCAUAGAUCCCGGUCAUUUUGGAUAUCUGGAGAUUACAUGGACUCCCCCUGCUAGAUUAAAUAACAUCCAAGAAUGUCCUAAACUCUACCAAUUGGAAUACUUCAAUGCAUAUGCGCAGAGAUGGGAAGGUAUUCAGACGCCUCAGAGGACAUACAGCGCUCAGUUUGAUCUGAUGAAGGACAUCCACGUAAGAGUGUAUACCCUUCUUGGUGGGCACUGCACAAACAACACUUGGGUCAAGAGCCUGAACUACACAGAAGUGGUUCAGAAACCUGGCACGGGUCAUCUGGGUAAUAUAGUGGAAAAUUUUACAUGCGUGUUUGAAAACAUGGAGCACCUGACCUGCAAGUGGCAUAAAAACCCUAAAUAUCCGACAAACUCACACCUAUAUAUGUACUACUGGCACAAAGAACUGGAGAACACAGAAGAGUGUCCUGAGUACCUCUUGGAAAAUGGAAUAAGAAUUGGUUGCAGCUUCACAGGAAAACCUCUCCCCGAUUUCACUGACAUCAACUUCUGUGUAAAUGGCUCUUCUGCAGAAGGCUCCCUAAGGCACACGUACGCCUCUCUUCAAAUCCAGGACUGCGUGAAGCCUGGCCGUGCAAACAAACCCGAUCUGAAGAAAGGUCCACAAGCCAAGUUUAAACUUAGCUGGCGGAAACCUGUGGGAAACAUUCCUGGACAUUGCCUAGAAUGGGAGGUGCAGCAUAUCAAAUACGGACUUCGUUGGAAAAAGGAAUCGACGAUAAUUCCAACAAUGGAAACUGAAAUCAGCCUGGCUUUGAACAAGAAGGUGCAAAACUGUUUUAGAAUACGCUCCAAGUUGCACAGGUAUUGUGCCAAAAGAAGCAUCUGGAGUGAAUGGAGUCUCAAGAAAUGUGAUUCAGGUGCUCCAGUCUUUUGACAGUCGGGACACAUUCAACUUGGAUGGUCUUCAAAAAAAAUAGUCACUUUACAUGGGAUUAUGACAAUGUACAGAAUCCCACUUGUAAUCAGGGAUAAAGAGUAUUUUUUAUUUAACUACAUGAUCUUGUGCCCACGUGGGCCUAUUCAUUUGCCUGAUGUCUAUGUUAUACCGUCCCCUGGUGGCCAGAAGGGACACAACAAAAUGAGCUGCAACAUGAAUAACAUGAAGAUUUUAUUCUGCCAAUUUGUUGCCGAACACAAUUUGCCCGCAACUAUUGCUGAUCACUUCUCAGAAUUAGCAAAAGAAAUGUUCCCUGACUCAAAGAUUGCAUCGGUAAGUUAAUUUUAUCAAUUGACCUUUUUAAUUUAUAAUUGGACACAUUAAUGAACUAUCUUCAAGUCAAACUGGAUUGCGAGCUGAAGUGCUAUGAAGUGCAGCCAUCAAGACAUGAUAGAAAUUGCCAAAAGUGCUACAUACAAUUAUAACAAAAGUCACUGUUAAAUUUUAGUAAUCAUGAUGUAGCUAAAGAUAUUGAUUGUUCUUUGAUUGUACCAGAUUAUAUGUUACUUAU